AUGUCCAAUGGAAAGGGACAAAAGGACUUUCAAAAAGGACAGAAAAGCUGUGGGCGGUGUGGAAAAGGGCCGCCACACUCCCUGAACAACUGCGCUGCACGAGAUGCUGAGUGCAGGAAAUGUAGGAAGAGGGGGCAUUUUGCAGCCGUUUGCAAGUCGGGCAGAGUCGGUGCAGUGCUGGAGGCAGAGGAAGAGGGGACACUUUUCCUGGGUGCAGUGUCCACAGGGAGGAAACCUGCAUGGACGAAAACACUGAAAGUGAAUGGACAGGCACUUACCUUCAAGCUGGAUACAGGUGCGGACGCAACCGUCAUCCCAAGCGCUGCCUACUCCGAGAGACUGCAUGGCCCACUCACCAAAGCAUCCAUACCACUGUGUGGACCCAGCAACGAACCACUUCAGGUCAGAGGUCAGUUUAAUGCAGUAAUGACAUACAAAGACAGGACAACAGUACAGCCUGUCUAUGUGGUGCAAAAGCUAGCAACACCACUGCUGGGUCUGCCAGCCAUUUCAGACCUGAAAUUGAUUCAUGUAGUGGACAGUGUAGUUGAGUCUGAGAAUGACAUGAAGAAACAGUACUCCGAGGUCUUCACAGGACUGGGCUGCCUCACAGGAGAGUACAAAAUCAAAUUAAAGGACAACGUUAAGCCCUUUGCACUGUCGCUACCACGUCGUGUACCUCUGCCACUGCACGACAAGGUCAAGGAGGAGCUCCAGAGAAUGGAGAAAAUGGGUGUGAUCGUGCCCAUAGAGGAGCCUACAGAUUGGUGUGCGGGCAUGGUCGUGGCUCCGAAGCCCAACGGGAAAAUCAGGAUCUGCUCCGACAUGACUCGCCUGAACGAGUACAUCUGCAGAGAGAGACACAUCCUGCCAGCUGUCGACGAGACCCUGGCCAAGCUGGCUGGGGCCACGGUGUUUUCGAAGCUGGAUGCUACAGCUGGAUUCUGGCAGGUACCCCUACAUCCACAAUCAGUCCCACUCACUACAUUCAUCACGCCAUUCGGGCGAUACUGCUACAAGAGACUGCCAUUCGGCAUAUCGUCAGCACCUGAGCACUUCCAAAAACGGCUGACACAGAUGCUGACAGGGCUAGAAGGGACUGUAUGCCAUGCUGAUGACAUCCUGGUCUUCGGGUCAACUCGAGAGCAACAUGACCAGAGGCUGCACAGGGUGUUGGGGCGGCUCCAGGAACAGGGGCUGACACUGAACAGUGAAAAGUGCCAGUUCGCCGUCAGCGAGGUGGCGUUCCUGGGCCACAUCGUCGGCGAGAGGGGCAUACAAGCAGAUCCAGCAAAGAUAAAAGCCAUCACAGAGAUGCCCACCCCCAAGGAUGCUGCGGACGUCAAAAGGUUUGUGGGCAUGGUCAACUACGUGGGCAAGUUCUCCCCACGUAUAGCACAGCUCACUCAGCCACUUAGAGACCUGCUCAAAUCCGACACAGACUGGGUGUGGGGCAGUGCACAGCAGAGAGCAUUCGACGAGCUGCGCAGAGAACUCAGCUCGCCAACAGUCCUGGCCCAGUACUGUCUGCACCGAGAGACUAUAGUAGCAGCAGAUGCUUCAUCCUUUGGGCUAGGGGGAGUAUUAUCACAGAAGCAGCAGUCUGGAGAGUGGAGGCCAGUAGCCUUCAUAUCUCGCAGCAUGACAGACACGGAGCGUAGAUACGCCCAGAUAGAGAAGGAAGCGCUGGCGCUGACCUGGGCGUGCGAGCGUUUUCAGUCUUACCUGAUAGGGAAGGACUUUUUAAUACAGACUGAUCACAAACCUCUGAUUUCCCUGCUGGGCAGUAGGGCAUUGGAUGACCUACCACCCCGCAUCCUGAGAUUCAGGCUGCGGCUGCUUCGCUUCACAUACACGAUCGAGCACGUGCCUGGAAAGAAGCUGGUCACAGCGGACGCGCUCUCCAGGGCACCCAUCCAAGCGCCGCCUACGCCAGAGGACAAGCAGCUGGAGGAGGAUGUGUGUGUCUCCAUCAACACCAUCAUGGAGCACCUGCCAGCAUCAGAGCAGAGGUUAGUGCAGAUCAGAGCGGCACAAGAUGCAGAUGAUGUGUGUAAAAGACUCAAAUGUAUGGUGCAAACAGGUUGGCCCCGGAACAAAAAGGCACUUCCACCACAACUGCAGCUGUACUGGCAGUACCAACAGGACCUGCUGGUGGCAGACGGACUGCUGAUGAAAGGCGAAAGACUCGUCAUCCCAGCCACACUGCAGGAGGAAAUGCUGGCCAAGAUCCAUGAGGGUCACCAAGGUAUGACAAAGUGUGUGGCCAGAGCGCAGCACUCAGUGUGGUGGCCAGGUCUGUCCAAACAGAUCAAGGAGAGGGUGGGAAACUGUGAAACGUGCGCACAGGAGGCCCACAAUGCACCAGAGCCACUGCUGACAACUCAGCUGCCAGAGAGGCCAUGGCAGCGUGUGGCAGUGGAUCUUUUUCAGUGGGAAAAUGCAAUGUAUCUCCUGUGCAUAGACUACUACUCACGCUACAUAGAAGUGGCAAAUCUAACCUCCACCACCACAGCUCACGUGACAGGCAAGCUGAAGGCGAUCUUUGGCCGUCACGGUGUCCCAGAGACCGUUGUCAGUGACAACGGCCCCCAAUUUUCUGCAGCGGAGUUUGCAGCCUUCGCCAGAGACUACGACUUCGUACACACAACCAGCAGUCCCCGCUACCCUCAAAGUAACGGAGAGGCUGAGAGGGCGGUGAGGACGGUGAAAUCGCUUCUGAAGAAGGGAGAAGAUCCCCACAAGGCGCUCAUGGCCUACAGGGCCACUCCGUUGGCGCACGGCUCGUCCCCGGCACAGCUGCUGAUGGGCCGCAACAUCAGGACGCCCUUGCCGGUCAGCGAGGGGAAACUUCAACCGGCGUGGCCUGACCUGCAGGCCUUCAGAAGGAAAGACCAGGAGGUAAAAGAGCAACAGGCCUCCUGGUACAACAAAAGACACAACACAAAGGCAAGACCAGCACUCAGGCCAGGACAAAAGGUCUGGGUGAAGAACUCAAAAGAGACAGGUACGGUGAGUGGUCCAGCUCAGACACCCAGGUCAUACAACAUUGACCUGCCCUCAGGCACCCUGAGGAGAACCCGAUCUCAUAUCAGGGUCGUUCCACAACCAGAGACAAGAGUGGGCCGGACCAUCCGACCACCAAACAGACUGAACCUGUAA